CUCACCUUGAUUGACCUAAACCAGCGCCUCUUCUGUUGCGGGUGCCCCUGUUGCGAGAGACCUUGCCACUUCGAGCACCGCUUCCAUUUCGCGGCCCUGCACUCUUUUAGUCCAGCCAAGCAAGGAAAUGUGCCCAGUUGGCACAGAGCUUUGGAGCACGGGCGCGCUGCGCAGUGCGUCCAGCUCAAUGGUCGGGGCCAUCAGUGCUUCUGAUGCUGCAACGCCGGCCCACUUCGAUGGCCGCGCGUUGCGCAUCGAAAGUGCCAACGGGGCUGCCAACCUGCAGGCCAAGCCACAGCAGUCGCCCGAGGCCAAGGCCACACCAUCACCCGGCGGCGACCAGGCGCCGUUCAACAGCCCCCGCACGCAGCUGAGCGCCAGCGGGCCGCGCGCCGGCGGUGCCACGCCCCGCCGCCUGGACCUGGACUUCCUCGAGCCCGAGGGCAACGCCAUCAGCGCACCCUCGCCGCCUGGCGGCAAGUCAUCCCCCCAGCUACCGCAGUCUCCUGCCGCCCAGGCGCCACCCACAUCCUCGCCGCCUCGCUCGCCUUCAAGCGCCCUAUCAUUUGACGUGGGCAGCGCCAUCGCCGAGGCCAUCUCCCUUGCGGUGCCAGCCAUGCCUUCGCGCCUGCCCUCCGACUCGAUGGUGGUGCUGCGCCGCACCUCGCUGGAGGUGGCGGUGGGCUCGAACGAGGCCUGGCAGCUAGACGUGCUGCUGGCACCGGGCGACACCGCCAGCGGCGUGGCGGUGCCGGAGUACGACCUGCCGGGAUCCCGCGGGGGCGCGCUGACGCGCAUGCGCUGCGAGAAGGUGCUGGUGGUGGUGCGGCCCACUGCGCUGGCGGCGCUGCACCGGCCCGAGCCCGUGCUGCCCAAGGCCAUCCGCACCCAGGUGGACCAGGCGGCCGCCACCUCGGCCCGCAACCAGCAGGUCCGGCAGUCCGAGGGCGCCAGCCAGUACACGAGCCCGGGCGCCUUCCCGGUGCUGCUGGGGUACGACGUGCAGCCGGUGGAGGGCGGUAACGGCACCGUGCUCGAGUUCCUGACUUUCUGGGACUGCCCCGGCGGCUACUCCAUUCCCGUCUGCAAGUGGCUGAGCCCUCGCAUGGACAAGUGCGACGUGCUGCGCCAGGCCAUCCGGAGCGGCAUCCCCAACCUGUGCCCGCCGCUGGUCCUGGACGAGGUCAACGUGCGUUCUCGCACCCUGGCGCACAGCGCGGGUGGCGGCGCGGACAGCGACGACCCCAUCCGCAACGUGGAGCAGCUUGAGGUCAUGAUGCCGGACGGCCGCAUCGCGAUCUGGGCCUGCAAGAGCGUGGAGGUGGCGGUGCCGGCAGAGGACCAGGCGGCGCUGUCGUGCGGCCUGGUGCUGGUGCCGACCAGCUUCAACCCUGCAGUGCGGGAGGUGGACGCCUGGGUGGCGGUGACGCAGCAGCUGCUCCGGGUGCGCGGCGAGGAGUCACUGGCGCGCUGCUUCCCGACCAUGCACGGCUGGGACGUGCUUGAGCCCACACCUGGCACCUUCAAGUUUGUCAUGUACAUGGAGUGGAUGGCCAACGGCAGCGCCCGGGACUUCCUGUUCGCCACCAUGACCUCGGCGUCCGUGUCUGACGGAGAGGUGUACGGCAAGGUGCUGGACACCGUGGGCCAGCUUGUUGACCGGCUGGACGAGUGCGGCCGCGCCGGCAUUGUGCUGGGCGACUUCAAAGUCCAGAACGUGCUCAUCAACGCACUGGGCGAGGCCAAGCUGUCCGACCCGGACGGCGCCUGCCCGCUGGAGCCUCACGUCGUGCGGGCUGCCCUGACUCAGUCCAACCAGCUCGAGGCCGAGGCGCGCGCUGCCUGCACCGACUGCUGGGGCUGGUCAGCCAUCUCCAAGUGCGCCACGGCGCCGGUGUGGGAGGCGCUGGCGCAGCACCCGGCCCCCAACCAGCCGUCCAUGUGCACGGCCAUCUACGCGCCGCCCGAGUUCUGGGUGGACUGGGCGGCGCAGCGGCUGGCGGACGGCGCGGCUGCGGGCCACACCUGUGCCGAGGACCUGGAGGCCAUGAGGCUGGAGGCACAAGACGACCACAGGCACGGAGCCCGGGACCUGGUGUGCAGCCUGCAGCGCCAGCAGUGCGACACACACGGCGAGGCACUGCAGCAGCUGCAGGGCAUGAACGGCGGCCGCAGCUACAUGUGCGGCGCCUCGCACAUCUACCUGCUCGGCGCGAGCAUGAGCAACCUGCUGUGGACGGUGGAGGUCGAGCUGAGCGCGCGGCCGGGCGCGGCGUAUGCGCAGCGGCUGGCGUUUGUGAGCGAGCUGCAGGACGUGAUGUUGGGGCUGAUGACUGAGGAGCCCGCCAGCCGGCCCAGCCUGCAGCAGCUGCGGCGCCGGCUGGCAGAGAUGCGCGGUGACUGGUGCCUCUGGGGCUGAGGAGGGGCAGCGCGAGCGUGCUCGGUGCUCGUGGAGCGAGUCCUGGCAGGUUGCCAAGUUAAGUACACGCCAUCAUUCACAUUCACCGCAUGUCACCGCCGGAACCAACACGACAGGUGUCGUGUUGGUUCCGGCGGUGACAUGCGGUGAAUGUGAAUGAUGGCGUGUACUUCGUAACGUUGCACGGUAUACGAAAUGAUAGGGCCUGUGGGUUCAGGCUUAGUUUUAUAGCGGACGCCGAUACGGGCGGGGAGGAUGCAAACGCGCAUCACAGGGUAGUGAAUGCGUGCGCGUGGGUACUACUAAAACUAGAAUUCGGAGCCUUAACAGCAGCUUCCCUUGAGUCCUUAAUUGAUUCUUGUUAAGGCUGAUUGAUUGGAUUAUAGCACAUUGAUUCUAGCAGAUGCGCGGCAUUACAUGUUAAACACAGGGGUGAGCCGGGGUGGCAGUAUGUGUCGGCCUGAACGGUGCGAUGUUGCCUCGAUGUGGUGGUGCCGAAAGGCACCGUUUAUUGUGAUUUGGGGUGUGUAGGUUAGCUGUUGCUCAUGUCGAGGUCCCAGUCGGCUCGGGUCAAGUUUGUCGGCUUGAUGCACUUGGGGUCGGUUAAACAGGUACCGUCACGCGGUACCCUAGUGACUAAUCACAUUGAUUUUAGCGCAGGGCAUGAUCAGCUCUGUUUAUGGCUGGUGGAUACGGUGCGUUGGAGCGCCGGGAAUCGGUAAGCUGUCAACUAAACGUGCUCUAUAGAACUGGCGAAAGAGUUGGUGACAUGGAGAAACUCAACCACAUGCGAGGAUGUGCGGUAUGGGCUGACAAGCAUGCCCAGCAGUUGUAAGGCGCACUAGAC